GUGCCAGCAGAGCCUCCGAUCCCUGGCUCCCGGCCCCUCAGCCCCCUGGCCAGGAUGAUUCCAGCAGUGGUCUUGCUCUUACUCCUUUUGGUUGAACAAGCAGCGGCCCUGGGAGAGCCUCAGCUUUGCUAUAUUCUGGAUGCCAUCCUGUUCUUGUAUGGUAUUGUCCUCACCCUGCUCUACUGUCGACUCAAGAUCCAGGUGCGAAAGGCAGCUAUAGCCAGCUAUGAGAAAUCAGAUGCCGUUUACACGGGCUUGAGUACCCGGACCCAGGAGACUUAUGAGACUCUGAAGCAUGAGAAACCGCCACAGUAACUUUCAAACAGAUGCCCUUGGUCACAUCCUUCUUCUGCUCCGGUUCUCCUUUCAGCCCUCAUGGUUGGCAUCACACAUGUCUCCCUGCCAUUAAUGCUAGCUGACCCUACCCCUGUAAUGAUGCUAUGCCCCCCAUUAACGGACAUCAGUGGUUCCUCUUCCCUGUCAAACACCUAUGCUCAGAUGCUAUUCAUUAAUGUUUAUAUUCUAGUCUCACCCCUACACCCCACCCUUUUCCUUUUCCCCAUCCCCAACUCACAGUAAACAAUGGAAAGAGAGUACCACCAAUAAAACUGCCACAGACUGGA